CUUGUUUUAGUGCCUUUCCACCAUACCCUUUUGGGAUGAUCAAAGUUUGAUCCUUUUUGUUUUCUUCAACUUCAGAAGCUGCCAGAGAGAAGCUGAGGUAAUGGUGAUGAAGGAGAGAGAUGAGGAGCUCGCUCUGUUCCUUGAGAUGAGGAGAAGGGAGAAAGAGAAUGAGAAAAACAACCUUCUCCUUCUUCAAAACUCAGAGGAACUUGAUUUGUCCAAGUUGGAAUCCAAUCGUGGGAGCUCUACGAUUUCCAAGAUCAUAUCUGUAGUGCCACCAAGGAAGACCGGUGUUGAAGAGUUCUUGAAUUCAGAGAAUGACAAGUCUGAUUAUGAAUGGCUUCUUACGCCACCCGAUACACCUCUUUUUCCUACUUUAGAGAAGGAGUCACAGAUACCAGUAAAAGGUGAAAUGGAGAUUCGUAAUGCUCGUCCAACAGCUUUAAAACCUAGAGUAUCUAAUAUCCAAGCAGAACCUGCUUCAAGAAGCAAUGUAGUUUCUAAGCAUCAUGUAACAAUGCCAGGACUCGGUUCUUCCACCAUUGGUAGUAGGAGACAAUCAUCUGGGGGUCCAACCUCAGCCACCUCAAGAUCUUCAACCCCAUCUGGAAGGCCAACAUUACCUUCAACAACCAAAUGUUCUAGGACCUCUACACCUACAUCCCGGGCCACCUUAACAUCUGCAAAGCCAACAGCUCCAUCAAUGAGAUCAUCCACUCCUACAAGAUCCACUGCCAGGGCCUCAACACCUACUUCAAGGCCUUCUUUGGCUGCUUCCAAGACAUCUCAAAGAUCAGCAACUCCUACCCUUAGAUCAUCAACCCCAUCAAGGGCAUUUGGAGUAUCUGCUCCUCCUACUCGGCCUUCAUCAGCAUCAAAAGCACGCCCGGUAGUUGCGAAGAAUCCAGUGCAGUCACGUGGAAGCUCUCCAUCAGUAAAAUCUAGACCUUGGGAACCCUCACAGAUGCCUGGUUUUUCUCUUGAUGCUCCUCCAAAUUUGAAGACAUCAUUGCCAGAUAGACCAGCUUCAAACACUAGGAGUAGGCCUGGAGCACCAAGUUCUAGAUCAUCUUCUGUCGAUGCCAGUGGCAAUGGAAAAUCUAGAAGGCAGUCAAGCACACCUUCAAAAGGAAGGGCUUCAACUGGGUUUUCCCACAGUAAUCAGUUCUCCAUGCAUGCUUUGAGUAGAGCUCGUUUCACUGAUGGUGAUGACGAAAGCCCAGUUGUAAUUGGGACAAAAAUGGUUGAAAGAGUAGUAAACAUGAGAAAACUGGCACCACCAAAACAUGAAGACCAUCAUUCUGCACAAAACAAUUCUUAUGGAAAAUCUUCAUCGUCUGGUAGUUCUGGAUUUGGAAGUACACUUUCGAAGAAGUCUUUAGAUAUGGCAAUGAGGCAUAUGGACAUAAGGCGAAGCAUGCAGGGUAAUCUGCGCCCAAUUGUGACAAGCAUUCCAGCUUCUUCAAUGUGCAGUUUGAGAUCAGGUAGUUCAUCAAAGAGCAGGACUCUCAGUGUUUCUGAUUCACCACUUGCAACAAGCAGCACUGCUAGCUCUGAACCAAGUGUAAAUAAUAAUAGCUCCAUAUCUUAUGAUGGAAGUGAGAUUGAAGAAAAUGAUUUUGGAAUUGAGAGGUAAACUCUUCCCCUAUCAUUCAUCAAAUAUAGUAUGUGACUAAUGGGAAUCAGAAUCAUCAAGCCAGAUAUGAUGGUCUAAUCACGAUUCAUCACUACUCUUGCCACUUUAUUUGUAUGUGGUAGAACAAAUAGCACAAAUAUUUAUAGAAUAGGAGUAGAUUGUCUUUGUUCUACGAGUGUUCUGAGACAUUUGGAGGCUGCCUUAAGACAUUUUAUGAGCUUUAUUGUAGGAAAGCAUAUAAGCAUGUUUGUGGCAGGAGGGUUGUUUGUACUGAACA